CUAUGGAAAUCAUAUUAAACAAUUGGGAAUCGAGCAGCUCUAUUUACCCAUGAGCUAUCCCUAACAUCCCAGACAAUCAGCAUACCUUCUUCAGAAACACAACAUAUCCGAUCCACUCCAUGCACUCACCUGACUCUCCAAAUACAGAGGUCACUUCCAGAUCUCAAUCUGAUAACUCAAUACCAACCCCAACUCUCUCUCCCUCUCUCUCUAAAAAAAGACUAAACCCCUUGAACGAUAGUGUACCGGACCCCAGGUCAAUGUUUUUUUGUUUUAAAGAAAGAGAACAGUGUAUGAAAAAAGAAGCCAUAAGAAGAAUGAGAAAGAAAAGAAAACCCGAAAAAGAAAAGCGACAGGUGUGUUAUAAAAAACAUGAAAACAGCAAGAAACUUGUCGACAGUAUACAGAACGAAUACAGAUGGAACUAUUUCCGGAAAUAACACCCUUUCACCUCUGCUUCAUCAGCCUUUCAAUAUCCCCCCUCCCAGUUUAGGCUUCUCCAGACUCAUAUUCGCCGUUCACGUCGUCGAUGGAUUGCUGAGUUUCCUCCGGACCGUCGGUCUGCGCGUUGCAGGUGGUAACAGUGUCGGAUGGAGUUUCGCCUUCGACCUGAGGAACGCAGGAGAGGUUCUCGGCACCUUCCUGUUCCUUGGUAUCCUCGUUACUGGAUGCGAAAGACGGGGUACCGGAUCCGCCGAACUGAGACACGUAGAAAGGGCUUUCUACACGUCUGUGUCCCUCAUCACACUCGUAGCGAGAGGCGGAAGGUCCAGGGGGGGGUCCCCCUUCGACCUGAGGAAUAUAAAGCAAAUUCUCCGUCCCGACCUGUCCGUUGGGGAUUUCCCCAGCGAUAUACGGGAUAGAUUGCUCACCAGCAACUUGGUUGCUGGCUACCUCCAUCCUCAGAUCAUCGAUCUCCGCACUCUGGAGUGCAUAGGCCGUAGAGAUUCCGGCAAUCAAGUUCUGAAGGUUUUCGUUCUCCCGCCUCAUGUUGGCGUUCUCAGCUCUAUAAAAUCUCAACAAGCGCCUGUUUUGGAAGGCUCCCCCGGAUAUAACGUUCCCCAUUUUUAUCCUAAAAGGUUAGUUGUCCUGCUCAGCUCAACUAAACUUAGAAGGGUCCUUACACUAAUUGCUAAGGAUUUUUGUUCACAAAACAGUUUGUUAUAUGGCGAAUUGAGAGAGAUGCUUCCGUGGUGUUAUCAGAAGCUGAGGAGGAGAUGUGGGAGAGAAGGGAGAGAAGAGGUGAUAACUGCCGCCCUUAUAUAGAGCUGGAUUGUGCGAGCUUGACUGCUGAGCCGAUAGGGCUCACCGAUGUCCUUAUCGGUUUAUCCAUAGGCUCGAUCGAUCGAUAUCAGAUAGUGGGGGAAGUUUUGGCCGCUCUGCGGGCUUCGGGCAUCAUGAGAUAUGAUUCGGUUUGGAGGUUUAUAGGAUCGGGUGUUGGGACGAGUCGAGUUU